UGACGGGUGGAAGUCUCGAUCGGAGGCGACGCGAGUUUUUUAUUUUGUGUUGAGUUGCGAGGCGUCUCCAGGUGUUAGUCCGAUCCCACGGCUGCCCCGUGGCGUUCAUUCACGCUUUGUGUCUCUCCCUCUCCAACACAGAGACUUUCGGUGGCCAUGUGUGACUUUCCGUGGUGAGAACGGGACGCCCGGCUCUGUGAAACGGCGCUGCUGUGGAUGGAUGGGUGGAUGGAUGUGUACGUUCUAGGGCGCACUGGAAUAACACAGUGAACUGACGGGAUCAGUGUUCCUUCCGUUCGGCUCGUUUGUCUGGAGUUCAUUUUUUUUUUUUUUUUUGGUUGUUUUUUUUUUUUUUUUGUCUCUCCUCUGGAAUUGUUACAUUUAGUGGUCGGGACGAGCAACAUUUUCAUUCCUCAGGCUUUGAUCACCUGCUAUGUGUCUAGUGUGGAACAUACCUGGUGGAAGGUGUACAGCGGGAUCCAGUCUGGGAGGACAGGACAUCAGCAACUGAUAAAGCUCCGUUUCUUCUUCGUCUUCUUCUUUUUUUUUUCUAAUCUGUGCGUAAUGUACGUGGAAUGAAGACAGAGGAUGGAUAUAAUUUGGGAAAUACUGAUCAUUCUUCAAGCCAAUUUUAUUGUCUGCAUAUCAGCACAGCCGAAUCCGCCGAAAAUUCACGAAGGAUGGUGGGCGUACAAAGAGGUGGUUCAGGGGAGCUUUGUUCCAGUGCCAUCGUUCUGGGGGCUGGUCAACUCGGCCUGGAACCUGUGCUCGGUGGGGAAGAGGCAGUCGCCAGUCAACAUCGAGACCAGCCACAUGAUCUUUGACCCUUUCCUCACGCCCAUAAAGCUGAACACAGGUGGACGCAAGGUGGGAGGGACUAUGUACAACACUGGCCGCCACGUCUCUCUGCGACUGGACAAGGAGCAUCUGGUUAACAUCUCCGGAGGGCCUAUGACGUACAGCCAUCGUCUGGAGGAGAUCCGGCUACACUUCGGCAGCGAGGAUGGCCAGGGCUCCGAACACCUGCUGAACGGACAGGCCUUCUCUGGAGAGGUUCAACUGAUACACUACAAUCAUGAGCUGUACACAAAUUAUACAGAAGCUGCUAAAAGCCCCAAUGGACUGGUCAUAGUGUCCAUAUUCAUGAAGAUUGCCGAGACUUCAAAUUCAUUCCUGAAUCGAAUGCUGAACAGAGACACCAUCACAAGAAUAACGUAUAAAAAUGAUGCGUACCUACUGACCGGCCUGAACAUAGAGGAGAUUUACCCAGAGACGAGUAGUUUCAUCACUUACGAUGGAUCCAUGACCAUCCCUCCGUGCUUUGAGACAGCCACGUGGAUCCUGAUGAACAAGCCGGUGUACCUCACGCGCAUGCAGAUGCACUCCUUGCGGCUGCUGAGCCAGAACCAGCCGUCUCAGAUCUUCCUGAGCAUGAGCGACAACGUCCGCCCGGUCCAGCCGCUGAACAACCGCUGCAUCCGCACCAACAUCAACUUCAGCAUGCAGGGCAAAGACUGCCCCAACAACAGGGCCCAGAAGCUCCAGUACCGAGUGAACGAAUGGUUGCUAAAGUAGCCUCCCAUGGAUGAGCGUGGAGAUGAGCGUCAGAGAUGAGGAGCGAGGACGGAGGCGAGGACGGAGGCGAGGGAGAUGCGAAAGCGGGCUUAAGGCUGCAUCUCAUCGAAGAUUAUUUCAUGACAUUGUACAAAGACAAACGACACCGGACAUUCUACGAACCAAGGAACUUUGCAUUGCGGGGCAAAGAGAUUCUUUUCAUACAUCGAGAACAGUUCGAACCCUUGAUCUAACACGCGCUAACAAGCUCUCUACCCCACUGUACAACUAUAUCUACACAGACAUUUUGAUACUUUUUUGGGAGACGACCAAAAGAAGACACUGAAAAAAAAAAAAAAAA